UCAACUCCGUUCGGGAAAGUGGACGUUAAAACGAUGAUGAUGAUGAUGAUGACAUUUAUAUAUUUAUGUUAUUAUGUGUGUGCGAUUAUUUAAAAUGAAAGAGUAUCACCGGAAUUCAACGAAAGUAUACGAGUGUUACCGGAAAAAGCAGAAGAAAAACUACCUAAAAACCUGCCGAACGGUCAACUUUGCAAAGAGUUACCUCCCUUCCCAAGUCGUCUGCGGUGCGUCAAAAUGGUAGAACACGUUGGCAGUUUACAUAGGCAUCACCACCCUCACCAAUUUAUUACCGGCAAUAACGUAGAUAUCACAUUCACACAAGCGUAUAGUGUUUUAUUCUUGAGAGUUUAGGAUUUGGAGCUGGACAAAGUCUAAAGGUGAUUUAUUUUCACAAUCCAACAAGAAACCCUACAGAAUGCGCCAUCACUAUCCUGAGACCCAUUAUAAACUAAAUGAGACAAUAGAUCUGUCCAAAUUAUCAGAGGAAGAACGAUGGAGAAUUGAACACCAGAGGCUACAUGAAAAACACCGUGGCCAUGAAGCAAUGCACGCAGAGAUGGUGCUUAUCCUGUUGGUCACCCUUGGUAUUGCACAGAUCAUCCUCAUGCAGUGGAAGAAACGUCACUUCAAAUCAUAUCAGAGAGCCACCUUGAUAGGAAUGUGGUUGAUACCUGUGCUAUUCUCCAUCAAAUACCAUUGGGUCCGUUUCAUUAUCAUCUGGUUGAUUUUCUCCAUCAUCACAGCUUAUGUGACCUUUCGAGCAACACGGAAACCUCUCACUGGUACAACACCCAGGUUGGUGUACAAAUGGUUUCUGUCAGUCUAUAAGCUCAGUUAUGCAGUUGGCAUCAUAGGUUAUGUAAUAAUAAUGUUCACUCUCUUUGGUUUCAACAUCUUUCUGCAAACCAAGAUUCAAGUUGCCAUGGAUUUAGGUUUGCUUGUGCUUUUCUAUGGCCUCUACUUUGGUGUGGUAGGCCGUGAUUUUGCUGAGGUCUGCUCUGACACUAUGGCAGCACAUAUUGGGUUUUAUACAACCACUGGUUUGCCGACAAAGACGUUGGAACAGAACAUGUGCGCAGUGUGUGGUAAUGACAUUCUUGUUAUGAACAAUGAGAAUGCAAUCAUAGAAAAAACCUGCAAAUUAACAUGUAAUCAUAUCUUCCAUGAGUUCUGCAUUCGAGGCUGGUGUAUCGUGGGUAAAAAACAAACAUGUCCUUACUGCAAAGAAAAGGUUGAUCUCAAGAGAAUGUUUCCAGGACCCUGGGAAAAACCUCACAUUCUGUUUGGCAGUCUCCUCGAUUGGAUUCGUUACAUGAUUGUGUGGCAACCUGUUAUCAUUGUUGUUGUUCAGGGUAUCAACUGGGUGAUGGGCUUGGAAUAAAACUACCCUUACUCACAUCACAUUCUUCUCUGUCUGUUUGUUGUCAGUCCAACACCUGACCUCUCACACUCUCACUCUCCUUUCAUUUCAUAUACCUACUCUCUUCCUUUCGACACAUCCUCUUUCUUUCCCAUACACUGUUUCUUUCUUUCUCUCAUACACACAAUUGUAUCUCCCUGUCUUUCUCAUGUACGAGACCUCCUUUCUACUCUAACCAAAUCAUCAUCAUCAUCAUUCUCCCUCCCUCUUCUUUAAAUGGUCUAUCUAUCUAUCUAUCUGUUUAUCUAUCUAUUUAUCUGUCUAUCUAUCUAUCUAUGUAUGUAUCUAUCUAUCUGUCUAUCUAUCUGUCUAUCUAUCUGUCUAUCUAUCUAUCUAUCUAUCUAUCUAUCAUAUCUCUCAGAGGAACUAUGUAUGUGUUCAGCUAUACAGCCUGCUGUUACAUGUUGGGUAAUCUCCAAUGGCAGAACCAACACUAACAACAGGAAUGAACAAGAAUGCUAUCAGCAUUGUGAGAACCACCAUCACCACCAUGAUAACCUGUGUUAUGACAUUAAAUACAACAACCGCCAUCACUACCAAGUAACUACAAUUACUAAGAAAUCUCAUACUUCAAUCACCACCACUACCAAGACGAUGAUUACUACUGCUACUACUACUACUACCACCACCACCACUACCACCAAGAUUACUACUACUACAGCCACAACUACCAGUAUCAGCCUAACAUUGGUUAACCAUUGCUUUGCCCAUCCAGCACCACCAGUAAAACUUCAGAUUUACUGCUCUUUCGUUAAAGAAACUUAUUAUUAUCACCCUCAUCAUCAUUAAGGCAGCAACCUGGCAGAAUCGUUAGCACACCAGACAAAAAUGCUUAAUGGCAUUUUCGUCUGGCUUUAUAUUCCGAGAUCAAAUUCUGCUAGGAUCGACUUUGCUUUUCAUCCUUUCAGGGCCGAUAAAAUAAGUAUCAGUUGAUCACUGGAGUCGACAUAAUCGGCUAGCACCAUCUCCCACAAAAUUUCAGGCCUUGUGCCUAUAGAAGACAGGAUUAUUAUUAUCAGUAUUAUUAUUAAGAUGGUGAGCUGGCAGAAUCGUAUCCAUGCUGGGCAAAAUGCUUAGUAGCAUUUCUUCUAGUGCUUUAUGUUCUGAGUUCUGAGUUCAAAUUCUGCUGAGCUCAACUUUACUUUUCAUCCUUUCAGGGUCGAUAAAAUAAGUACCUGUUGAUCACUGAAGUCAAUGUAAUUGACUAAACCAUUCCUCUCAAAAUUGCUGGCUUUGAGACAAAAUUAGAUUGAUUAUUACUAAUUUUAUAGUUAUUUUAUAUUUAAUCUAUUUUUUUUUUUUUAAUAAACCGUUGUCAUUUGA